CACAUCCAUGCAUGAUCCAAGAAUGGGAAAAAUAAAAUGCUAGGUUAUGUUUACUGGAUAUCUUGCGAAACGUAAACAUGCCCGAAAAUAUCGGAGAAUUUGUCUUUCCCGGCGACGUAGUUAGAGAUUUAAAAGUCGUAAAUGGUGUAAUAUUAAGAGGACCGGGGUUACAUUCUCACGAAGAGCCAAACUGUCUGUUAGUCACCCGAGCCGGAAAGCUUUGCUUUAAACCUCCCAACGUUUACUGGGUAGAAGGUCACUUUAAGCGUUACUAUCCAAAAAAGGGCGAUCUGGUUGUCGGAAUUAUUAAGAAAAGCGGAAACGUGUGCAAGGUCGAUAUUGGAAGCAGCGAAGUGGCAUCGCUCUCGUUACUGUCCUUCGAAGGAGCGACGAAGAAACAGAAGCCCGAUCUGCAGGUCGGGGAUGUCGUAUACGCGAAACUGUUAAGUGCACAUCGAGAAAUGGAGCCCGAGUUGGUGUGCGUCGACUCUUAUUAUAAAGCGGGAAAAUUAGGACCUUUAUCUAACGACGGUUUUGUUAUGAAUGUCAGUUUAAAUUUCGUUAAUCGGAUAUUGGACGUUAACAGUCUAUUAUUAAGGGCCUUAGGGCAGAAGUACGUUUUCGAAAUUGCGGUCGGUAUGAAUGGGAAAGUGUGGAUAAAUGGACAGAGGACCAUAGACGUUUUAAAUUUAAUGAAUGCUCUGCUGGCAGCAGAACGCGAAAGUAACUCCAAUAUUGUGAAUGUUUGUAGACGAUACUUAACAUAAAUUUCAUAAAUUACGUUUUACCGUUAUUCUAAUUGUGAUGGACAAACUGAUUUACAUUGAGAUCAAUGUUACAAAUGCACUUACUUCAUAAAUUUAUGAUGUAAUUGGAGAACUUGUAAUAAUGAAAUUCUUAAUUAAUAAAAGGAAUCUGAGUCAAUGCAAUAUAAACUUACGCUCGGAUUUACGCGUUUUGGCCCAGUUUACCAAGAUCAACAACUUAAAGAAUUCAGUCACUACUUUUAAUAAAAAUGUAAUGUAAAUUUUUGAAGAAAACCUAUCAUUAUUAUUUAUACAAAUCAAAAAAGUUACGUUACCUUACUUACUGUUUUGGAAAUCAAUGCUUUCUCUAUGGUACCAAUACGAUUGCCGGCCUUGAUUUUUUCAUCAGUAUCCAAUACUUUUGAACUAAUGCUUUUAACAAAAAUCAAAGCAGGCUGGUAUGCAUAAAAAUUGAAAGUCGGCCAUAUCUGUCAAGCUUAUAUGUC